AACAUUCUUUGAAAUUUGCUCGGUACUUGUUAAAUUGCACUUUGAAAGUUGUCACUUUUAUGUAUAUAUGUUGUAUUCCAUAAUUUAAAAAUGGGAGAAAAAAAAAGUCUGGCCCUGGCGGCGCGCCAUGCCAGGAAGGCUACCAGCCGGGCUUCAUGUAGCUUGUGUCUGCUUCGGGUCACUAGUUAAGUCUAAAGUCUGAAUCCGACUCCUAGCUCCCUCUGACCCAGAAAGCAGAAUAGUUCUGAUUGACUCGCCCCCCGGGCGGGGUUUUCGGGCGUCUGCGGUCCAAACCAGUGGCCGGCAGCCACUGAACUGUACUUUGCUCUGUCCCCAGCGCUCUGAGAUGCGCAUGGGCGCAAGUUUCCUAGGGUAAGCUAAUUUUCUGGGCCUGGGCGGGGAGUAAAUUCGCGGGCUCUUGUAGACAGAUUUGUUCGUGUGGUCCCGGCCCUUCCUUCAGCCCCGCGGGGGAAGGCGGGGAGGGAGUGGGCGCGCAUGCGCAGAACUCUUAGCACGCCCCACUUCCUCUGGAUUUUAGCUUGUGGCAGUUAAUGGCGCUUUCCGCACGUUCUUCUGGUCUUUGCUUGAGGAACUUGGCAGGAACCUUGCUGGCUGGGGUAGAGUUGGGUGGGCGGCUCACAGUGAUCUUGUCUGAGGAUAGGCCUGUCCCGCUUGGGGCUAAUAGACCAAAAUGAGCGAGCCCUCCGGAGGCUACACUUACACGGAAACGUCGAUACUAUUUUUCCAUGCCAAGGUUCCUUUCCAUUCCAAGUCUAAAAUGGCAGCUCUCAAGGAUCAGCUGAUUGAGAAUCUUAUUAAGGAAGAACAGACCCCUCAGAAUAAGAUUACAGUUGUUGGGGUUGGUGCUGUUGGCAUGGCCUGUGCCAUCAGUAUCUUAAUGAAGGAAUUGGCAGAUGAAUUGGCGCUUGUUGAUGUCAUAGAAGACAAACUGAAGGGAGAGAUGAUGGAUCUCCAACAUGGCAGCCUUUUCCUUAGAACACCAAAAAUUGUCUCUGGCAAAGACUAUAGUGUGACUGCAAACUCCAAGCUGGUUAUCAUCACAGCUGGGGCACGUCAGCAAGAGGGAGAGAGUCGUCUUAAUUUGGUCCAGCGUAAUGUGAACAUCUUUAAAUUCAUCAUUCCUAAUGUUGUAAAAUACAGCCCGAACUGCAAGUUGCUUAUUGUUUCCAAUCCAGUGGAUAUCUUGACCUAUGUGGCUUGGAAAAUAAGUGGCUUUCCCAAAAACCGUGUUAUUGGAAGUGGUUGCAAUCUGGAUUCAGCCCGGUUCCGUUAUCUAAUGGGGGAGAGGCUGGGAGUUCACCCAUUAAGCUGUCAUGGCUGGGUCCUUGGGGAGCAUGGAGACUCGAGUGUGCCUGUAUGGAGUGGAGUGAAUGUUGCUGGGGUCUCCUUGAAAAAUCUGCACCCUGAAUUAGGCACUGAUGCCGAUAAGGAACAUUGGAAAGAGGUUCACAAGCAGGUGGUCGACAGUGCUUAUGAGGUGAUCAAACUGAAAGGUUACACCUCCUGGGCCAUUGGGCUAUCUGUGGCAGAUUUGGCAGAAAGUAUAAUGAAGAAUCUUAGACGGGUACAUCCAGUUUCCACCCUGAUUAAGGGUCUCUAUGGAAUAAAAGAUGACGUCUUCCUUAGUGUUCCUUGCAUCUUGGGACAGAAUGGAAUCUCAGACAUUGUCAAAGUGUCUCUGACUCCUGAAGAAGAGGCCCGUUUGAAGAAGAGUGCAGAUACACUUUGGGGGAUCCAAAAAGAGCUGCAAUUUUAAAGUCUUAUAAUGUUGUAUCAUUUACUGUCUAGGUUACAACAGGAUUUUUGUUGGGGAUUAUGCAUGUUGUCCUUUUUAUCUGGUCUGUGAUUAAAGCAGUGAUAUUAAAAUGACCUAGGGAAAACAUCAAUUUCUUAAAGUUAGAAGUAGGAAUAAUUCAUAAAACCUCACAGCUAUAUCCUGAUGCUGGAUAAGAUACUAGUCUUGGAUAGUCCCAAACUGGUUAGUAUAAAAUAGUUCACCUCUGAGGCACCAGUGCCAAUGUUGCACAUGCUGCAAUUGUCUUUCAAACCAGAAGAAUGCAUGGUUACUAUGUAUUAUAUACCUUCUGGUUACUUAAUCCAAAAUGCCUAGUCCAACUUCUUUCCCCCCCAUUCAGUCACAUCCUGGACUCCAAUGUGUAAAUCCAAUGUUGCAUGUUUUGUGCAUAACUGUUCUAAACGAUCUUGUUUUGUGUACCAAAUGUAUCAAAGUGGUGUACACUGCCAUGUAAUGUAAAAAGAAAGACUACCUGUAAACAGUGCAACCAACUAUCCAAACGUGUCAUACCAUUUAAAACACCAAAUAAACCAUGAUCAGUGACUACUCUUAA